AGGCGGGGUUUUGGUUAGCGGCGAGACUAACUACACCGCAGCAGACAGCAACCGACCAGUCAGCUCGCAUUCCCUUAUCUACCAAUGGAAUGCAACAGCUGCAGGAGCCUGUGAGCGUGUGUGUUUUUGUAUGAGCGUAUUUGUAAAGGGGGGAGAGGGACGGUCAUGGUGGGCCAGCAAGAACCCCCCUGAAAGACCCCCAACUCUCAACCCCCCACGUUCUUUCUCAGCCUGGCUCUUGAAAGGCAGCUCAACCAAACAUAAGUGUGAGAGACAGAGAGAGCAAGAGACUCGACAGGGCAGCACACUCCGAGCAGACGGAGGGGGAGAGCUGGAGAGACUGAGGGACAGAGAGAAAAAGAGGGUAGUAUAAAGUAAGGGAAGUGAAGCAGGGAGCCUUGGAGGGGGGUUGAGGUGGUGAGCGAAAGGGUGAAAAGGAAGAGAGGCGAGGUAGAGGGAAAGACAAAAGACUGGGAGAGUGUGAGGGAAAUGGCUUCGGAGGAGAGUGCUGGAGGAGCUCGGAAAGCCACCAAGAGCAAACUAUUUGAGUUCCUCGUCCAUGGAGUGCGACCUGGCAUGCCAUCUGGAGCAAGAAUGCCUCACCAGGGCGCACCAAUGGGACCUCCAGGACCACCAUAUGUGGGAAGCCCUGCUGUCCGGCCUGGACUUACCAAUCAGGCCAUGGAGGCCAGCCGCAAAAGACCCGCUCCUUCACAGAUCCAACAGCAGCAGCAAUCUGUACAGAAUCGAAACAGGAAGAAGCCUGUGGGAUUUCCUGGACCCAAUGAGAUGCCAGGGAGGCAGAUGGACUUGAGAGAGGCCCAAUCAGAUCCCACACUUGGAUCAAAUACCAAGAGGAGGAAAAUGGCUGAUAAGAUCCUUCCACAACGGAUACGUGAGCUCGUCCCAGAAUCCCAGGCAUAUAUGGACCUGUUGGCAUUUGAGCGCAAAUUAGACCAGACCAUAAUGCGCAAACGCGUGGACAUCCAAGAGGCACUUAAGAGGCCCAUGAAGCAAAAGCGGAAACUGCGUCUCUACAUUUCCAAUACUUUCAACCCUGCAAAGCCUGAUGUAGAGGACUCUGAAGGCAGCAUUGCAUCCUGGGAGCUGCGUGUGGAGGGCAAACUUCUUGAUGAUCCAGGAAAGAUGAAAAGGAAGUUCUCCUCAUUCUUCAAGAGCCUGGUGAUUGAGCUAGACAAAGACCUUUACGGACCUGAUAACCAUUUGGUAGAGUGGCAUCGUACUCAAACCACUCAGGAGACAGAUGGUUUCCAGGUGAAGAGGCCUGGUGAUGUUAACGUCCGCUGCACUCUACUGUUAAUGUUGGAUUACCAGCCGCCUCAGUUUAAACUGGAUCCACGACUGGCUCGUCUGCUGGGCAUUCACACACAGACUCGCUCCAGUAUCAUACAGGCACUCUGGCAGUAUGUCAAAACCAACAAACUGCAGGACUCCCAUGAUAAGGAGUACAUCAACUGUGAUAAGUACUUCCAGCAGAUAUUUGACUGUCCGCGUCUAAAGUUCUCCGAAAUUCCACAGCGCCUCACCAAUCUUCUACUGCCCCCAGACCCAAUUGUCAUCAACCACAUCAUUAGCGUUGAUCCUAAUGAUCUGAAAAAGACUGCGUGCUAUGACAUUGAUGUGGAGGUGGAGGAUCCACUUAAAGCUCAAAUGAGCAGCUUCUUGCUCUCCACAGCCAAUCAGCAGGAGAUUGCAUCCUUGGACAACAAGAUUCAUGAAACCAUCGAGUCUAUUAAUCAGCUGAAGAUCCAGAGAGAUUUCAUGCUCAGCUUCUCCAGAGAUCCCAAAGGCUACAUCCAGGACUGGCUCAAAUCCCAGAGCAGAGACCUCAAACUGAUGACAGAUGUUGUUGGGAACCCAGAGGAGGAGAGAAGAGCAGAGUUUUAUCAUGAGCCUUGGUCUCAGGAGGCUGUCAGCCGUUACUUUUACUGCAAGAUUCAGCAGAGAAGACAGGAGCUGGAGCAAGCCUUGGCCAUGAGGACCACCUAGAACCCACACUGACCACAUUUAGACACCACAGCCCAUUUGUGACAACUCUUAGCCUAGCCACAUGGAGAUCUCUGCAUUUAUUUUUCACAGUGCAUGACAAUCUGAGUCAUUGUUGUCACUGAGACCUACAAUCUACAGUACCAAACUAGACCAAUCAUACCCAGUUACCCCAAACAGCCCUUGCAGCUCCCAUUAUAUGGGUAUCUCAGCCAGUCAUGGUGCUGUGUCUUGGAUGGCAUCAUCUCACAAUACACUAUUUAAAAUUCUAGUUUUUAAUACUAUUUAUUUACACCAGCAUUUUGAACUUAAUUCUGAAGACUUCAGAGCUGGCUUCAGUCCCAUUGACUGUGGAUUCAACGGUAGUCAUGGUUACCUCAAUUGUGAUUUAGCCUUCUUCCUCUCAGUCAUCAAUUUCUGGUAUUCAUAAACAUUUUUCUGUGAUUAACACACUGGACCCUAUUAUAAGAUUAAUAAGUGCUGUGCUGUGCUUUAAGUCAUAAACUGGAUCAAAUGUAAUUUAAUUCUGAAGUUCUUCUCCGAUUAUUGAACCAUCUGCGUCCUAUUAUAUAGUUAAUUUAUGGGAACAUGAAAAAAUUGAACCCAAAAUAUUUCUAAAUUCAAAUGAAAUGAAAACAUUUAUCAAAAUAGAGAAAUUGUCAAGCAAAUCCAAACAUUUUUAACUUCUCCAACUUCUUUUACCGGCUCCUUUUGCAGUGACUUAAAAAUCACACUUGGACAACAGGUUGAAAUAAACCAUGAACUAUAGACAGUUAUCACAAAUCUAAAACAUUUUUGAUUGUUUCAUAAAACGGCUAUAACUCUGAUUGUCAAGGACAUAAUUUGACUUUCCACUAUAUUUUCACAGUUUGCACUUGAACUUUAUUACCACCUGCUGAUGGAAACGCAAACGUAGGAACGUAGACUUCGCGCUGAAAACGUCUUAGCGCAAUUACCUAUUUCUCAGGAAAAUAGCGAAAUGUACUUUGCGGCACAUCAUUAACAUACAAUACACCCACUGUUUGCGCGCAUACACCCACAUAUAGUGCAAACACUCCCACCCACACCCACUUGCGCUGUUACGAAAAUUGCACUUAGAAUAAGUGCUCUCACAAAAAUUGGAUUAGACAGUCGUUGUGCGUAGUGCUGCGCUUUGCGCACUCAUGAAAAUACAUCCCACUGUCUUUUGUUUAAGAGUAAGAUUCAACUUUAUUGUCAUUGUGCAGGUAUAGAGCCAAUGAAAUACAUUUGUUUUCGCAUAUCCCAACUAAGCUGGGUCAGAGGCAGGGUCAGCCACGAAACAGCGCCCCUGGAGCAGAUAGGGUCAAGGGCCUUGCUCAAGGGCCCAACAGUGGUAUCUUGGCGGUGCUGGGGCUUGAACCCAUGACCUUUUGGUCAGUAACCUAGAGCCUUAACAGAGUCUUUCAUCUAGCCCGCCUGGGGUCAAAUUUUGCUUCUUUUUAUUUUUAUUUUAUUUAUCAGUGUUGAAAUAGUGUAAAUGGAGCUAGGAUACUGGUUAUGUCUAUUAUUUUACUUUUAUUCAGAAGUGUAUUUAUGAAGUACUUUGAGGAUGGCAGAUUUUUAAAGAGCAUAUUUCUGUAUUAACUUAAUUGGUGGCUUUCAGGAUACAUGUAAACUCUGCUGUCACUACUACAAUAUUGACAUUUAGCUUUAUUAACCAAGUAAAUAUUGUAGAUACUUUUAAACAUCGAAGGAGGUUGUUUUAAUCAAGUAUUUAAAAUCUAUUGACAUAGUCAAUUAGUUCACUUUGAAGGAAUUUGAUAAGUUAGUGUUUUGAGUCUUUCACUGAUUUGAAGAAAUGAUAUGAAGAAAGUAGGCCAUCACCGCAUACUAAAUUUAAGCCUCAGUAAUAAGACCAUCAGAGAGCCGAUUUAGCACUCAGCUAGAUAAAAGUCAGUAUUAUGUUAAAUCCUGUCUUUACUGAGAUCUUACUUUAUGCUUCACCAAAUGUGUUGUUUGUUUGUUUUUUGCACAAGCCACUAUAUUCAAAUCCGGAAUAUUUUUGCUCUGCUUCAAUAUUCCGGUUUAAAAUAACAACUUGUGAGCAUUUGUUUUUCAAACAGUAUCUUUCCAUUUAAAUAGUAACUUGAUUAUUUUUUACAAAAAAAGUGCUUUUAUAUGUGAUGUUUUACCAAAGGUCUAAAAUGCAGCAAAAACAGCGUUCAGACUUUGAUUAAAAUACAUUGUAAAAUACAUGUUUUGAAUUCCCACAGUAAAUGCAUAUAUGUGAAAAACAACACUUUUUUUUUUUCUACAUUGCUCUAUGACAUUUAGUGUCUUUGCACUAAACCAUGGAUUGUAAAUGGAAGCUUUGAAUGCUUUCCAUGUUAAUCAUAGGUCAAUUAAAUCAAAGGAGACAAAUGAAGGAUAAACAAGGGGAAUAAAUGUUACAAUGUGUUAAUGUUGCCCACAGCCGUGUGGCACUAUAAACUAACUUCAUCAUUGUCGUAUAGUCCUGUAUUCUCACUGGAUCUGAGAGUUGAUCCUGAACCCUCUGUUGGUUCUUUAGUGUCAGAUAGGAGAUGAUUUGUCCAGGUCAAUUAUUGGCAGUUUCUUGCCUGUGACUCUCAGACAGUACAUCUUCUCUUUAAGAGAGAGGAAUGCUGAUGUCUUUGGGAAUGACCUCUGUGUUGUCACUCAGAAUAUUUUUUUAGACCUAUGCAUGCUGCAUGGACAUUUUUAUACUUUCAUACAUGGACAUGAGAAAUCUUUUAAUUGCUAGGGUCUUGAUCAGAAGAGGACUGAUGUUUUGUUUGUGACCCUCAGUGUUUGGGUCAAGAUGCAUCUUCUACAUACGACCUUAACUUGUACAGGCCAUUUUAGGUCAUAUGUUGUUUUUGUUUGUUUUGUCUUUUAAAAAUACUUUGCAUUUUAAUAUGUGGAUAAGAGAUGCACACCAAGGAUUUUCACCACGGCUACAGUACCAAGCCUGAUUGGCAACAAGAGCACCUCCCAUCGAAUGUCAUGGGUACUACAUGUGUGAUGUCAGCCAUUUUGAACAUUAUGAACUUGUGUACAAGAGUUGUAACAAUGUAAAUGUCAUUAUAACAUCUGCCUGUGGUGCUGUGGUAGCAACUGAGCAAGCUCUUUUGUGUAAAGCAAUCUUUUCUCUUACCCUCCAAGGCACCAACUGUGUAUUAAAAAAAAAAAAGUGUUCAUCGUUACUGCCUCUCCUGCUUAUACAGAACUGUCCAUAAAUCCUGGGGUCAGUCACGACAGCCUUUGUGGCACAGUAAAUGGGAUCUCUAGUGCUUCAUUAAUGGAAACAUCUUGCCCCUUAAAAGUCAGGUUUGAGCUUACUGUACCAUUCUUAUCCUUGAGUUUGUUCAUAUAAGUACUGAAAACUGACAUCUGAACAAGUGUUUUGUUGUUUUUGUUUUAACACUUAACAAUAAGGUUGUAUUUGUAAACAUUAUACUAUUAUUUAUAUAUAUGUGUAUAUAUAUAUAUGUAUGUAUAUUAUAACAUUACAUUAGGUAUCAUAAUGAGUUAUCAUAAUAACCACAUUUGUUUAUUUUGGUUAAUGUGCACAGUUGUUGGUUUACAAUGCAUCUACUAAUGUUAAUAUAUACAAUACGAUACAUUUUAAAAAUGUAUUAGUGUUCAAAUUCAAGUCCUGCAAAAUAUUGUUUAUUCUUAGUUCAUGUUAACUAAUGUAGAAUAUUGUUAACGAAUACAACCUUAUUGUUAAGUGCUGUCAUAUUUCUUUUGUCUCUCACAGUUUGUACUGCAAGUUUGUUGUCUCAAUGUUCACCAAGAGAUUAGUACGAAACUACAGAAGUACCUGUGAAGGACAGUGCGUUUGUAAACAAGUGCUUUCCAAAGUUUGUGAAUGGACCAACCUACUGAAAAUGUGUUGUGAGUUUAUUCUCAAGAACUGUAUUUAUGCGUGUAUGUGAAAGCAAGAAAAAAAUCACUAGCUCAAAUGAAGUUACACUCGGUUUGAUAAUAAGAUUGUGGUAGUUAAGAAUAAAAGACUCAU